AUGUUAUUCUACCUUUCAUUCGCCCCAGUUAUGGAGAUCACUGAAGAUCAGACUAGUGGUUGUAUGUACGAUGAUGGCGCAGGAGUUUCAAAUCCGACACCUAACCACUAUGAAAGUUUGUAUAAACUCAAAGGCUUAUCAAGCGAAGAACUGCGAAAGCGUCGACGGAUAUCAGAGGUGCAGAUAAGAAAACAGAAGCAAGAGGAUUUUUUUAAUAGCAAAAGAAUAUUGGAUAGUGAUGAAGUGGAGUUCACUCUCGCGGAUGAUUGCUGCAUCAUCUCAAAAGCAGUAUUGGAUAUGAUAAAAAGUGGAAAUUUCCAAAAUGAAUCUGCAGGUUUGAAAUUCCUAAGGUCUAGGAUAUCUGAAAGCGCAGAGGAUGUAAAUUGUAUGUCAAGCUUGGGUGACAUCUCUUUAAUCUCUCAACUCACGCGGUUGCUUAUUCGGGGUGAUGAAGAACUCGUCGACGACUUGUCAUGGAUACUUGUGAAUAUGUUUCGACGGCAUGAAAAACAACCUUUUACGGAUGAUGUUCGCGGCCAGGUGCUUCCAACCUUUUGUGGUCUUUUACAACGUGCUACGUCUCCGAAGAAUACGGUCCCAGCACAGUUAGAAAAUUCGGUUCUUUCGCAAAUUUUAUGGUCAACCGCUGCUUUGGUGGAAGCUUCGGUCGCAAAUAGGAACUAUGUUGUGGGCAGUGGAAUUGUGCAAAACAUCCUUCACAUUGCUUCCAAGAAUAAGAAGCUUGUCAUCCUCAGGCACAUAAUGUUCUUGAUUGCUGUUCUGUUUGCCGACAUCCACGAAUUUACACCUGACAUCGCUGAGCUUUGCCUUCUGUUGCCUCUCGUUGCGCAGCAUUUAUCUUCGGAAGACGAAACCAUCCAAGCGGAUGCGGUACGAGCAUGCAAGCUCAUGUCGGAAAGCGUCGAGUUUUUUGGGCCCAUGGCGGAGACCGGGAUUUUGACUAAACUCGUACAGUCGAUACCUGCCUGCUCCUCGUUUGUGCUUCAAGGGGUCUUACGCUCAAUCGGAAAUAUAAUCCAAGAGACGUCAUUAUAUACGAAAGAGAUGCUAGGAGAAAACCUUUUGGCCAACCUGCUGCCGCUCAUGUCGCGGAAUGCAACUAUGCGAGAAGCUUGUUUUAUCUGCAGUAACAUCGCUGCCGAAGGUGGUGACGUCUUACAAGCAGUUCUUGAUGCUGGAACCCUCAAACAGAUUUCGGUCGUCCUUGAGAUGGCUGACUACGAAACGCGCAAAGAGGCAUUCUAUAUCAUGUAUCACACGGCAACGUCUUCGCGUUCGUGUCACCUGGCAGCACUCUUAGGAGCUGAUUUGAUGGCACCUCUAUGCGAUUUUCUUACUGUUCUCGAAUACUCACUUGUAGCUGAUGCUAUGGAGGCAUUGUCAUCUCUUUUGGCCUAUGGAGAGCAGUUAGCGAUGGGUCUGACAGACUUUCUGAAUCCUGUGGCCACAAAAAUGGAAGAGCUUGGAGCUAAAGACAAAUUGGAGUUUCUAUGCGACAGCCAUUCAAUGAACAUACACGUUGCAGCCCAUGAAAUACUCGAAAAGUAUUUUUACUCAUCUGAUGAAAAUGAUAUGACGACUCAUGAAGCGGUCAGUUUGCCGCCUUAUACCGGUGCAGUGCCACGCGAUACCGUCGAUGAAACCAUAGAUAUGAUUGUAAAAAGUGUAUGCCUUUGAUAUUCUGCUUUUCUCAAUUUGCUCUCCUGUACAGACCCAGCAUCUGAUUUACUCGGUUAAAAUACUAGGUAUAGGUUAUUUGGAUAGGUGACUUGCCAAAUGCUUCGGUUUUUGGACGAUGUUUGCAGUGCUACCUCGCUAUCAUAUUAAUUUUGAGUUUGCGGGUAAUUGCAUCCUGUUCGCUGCUAAGAAGAAAGAAGCGCUUCCCAUUACGUGUAGAAACUGUGAGAUUCUUUUUCCUGCUAAUAACAUUUUCAUGUUGAACUUGGUACACUAUGUAUAGAAUUGAAAUAAACUGGUCAUUAGUUG